AUGCUCGACACAGAAAUCAAGCCUGACAUGAUUAUCGCAGACUUCUUCCUCGAGGCUGCGGCCAAGGAUAUGAUGAUUGAGUUUGGUGUCCCCAUUGCCACUCGUUGGACGCGGACGAUGCGGAGACGACAAGGCGUGAAGCAUUCGGUUCCAGUGGCGCCUAAACCGAACCAUCUUGUGUUCGUCAACUUCUUCUUUGGACUGGAGCCGGCCAAGGACUUGCCUCCACUUAUGCAAGUGGUCGGACCGAUCUUGGGGGAUGAGUACCCUCAGCUCGAUGAAAGCUACCGAGCGUUUCUAGAGUCUCACAAUAAGACGGUAUAUGUCGCUCCAGGCACUCAUAUUGCAGUUCUGGAAGCAGAUCUAAUGAAGCUGCUCAACGGUCUUGUCAUGGCUAUAGAUGUUGGGCAUAUCAACGGGGCCAUAUGGUCUAUUGGGAAGUCAGCGAGGCAGUUCAGCGCAAAUGAGACCCUAUUCCACGGAAAACCCACUCUGUUUCUGGGAUUCUUCUUCGACCAGCUCGCCAACAGCGCCCGCCUGGUCGAAGCAGACGUCGGUCUCGCCCUGGACGAGUUUGACUUCACCGCCACCGAGAUCUCAGACAAGAUCGGCCGAAUCGUAUCCGACGUUGGCGGAUCCUUUGGCAGGAACGUUGAGCGUAUGAAGAGGAUAGCGCGCGUAGCAUCCCGACGUAAGGAACUUGCUGUCGACAUAGUCGAGGAGGUCAUCUUUGAUCACGAGUUGCGCUUGGUAGGCGGAAGAGCGCUGCGACCGAUGCACCUUCAGACGGCAGACAUGCGGAUGUCGGUGCGGAAGGCUAGGAACUGGGAUCUGUGGCUCGUCUCCGUCUCUAUGUUGGCGGUCGGGGGUACAAUCUACUUCAUGGCCGCGAAGUAUGCUCGGCGGCUCGAUUUAGGCAUCUUUAGAUUUGUCUCGGGUAUCGUCAUUGGCUUCGAAAAGUCGAUUAAGAGGGAAAGGUUGUCGAUAUCCCUGCACAUCAAUACCGGCUACCUUACAAGCCAGCCCUACACUGUGAUGGGGAUUUCAAACGAACUGAUUGUCGUGCGGCUGGGCAACCCGGAUGUGAAGACUCUCUUAUCAGCAUGCCUAUUCCUCAUACUCGCCUACGGAGCAUUGAAGGUCCUCAAGGCAUUAUGGAAUGGCCUCACAGGCCCAAUGACCAAGAUACCUGGGCCGUGGCUCAAUAGAUUCACGGCUCUGCCCUGGAUGGUGGCAGUCGUCAGAGGCAAGGCGUUUGAGAAGGGGAUCAACUACAACCGUAGAUACGGUGACAUUGUCCGAGUCGCCCCCGAUCUCGUUCUCGUCUCCGACGAAAAGUCCGUCCACCAGAUUCUAGUAGGAAUGGACCUCCGAAAGAGCGUCCUGUAUGAAAAGUUCAGCCAAAACGAAGACGGCGUCACGCUCUUCACCAUGCGAGAUCGGGCGCAGUACCGCACCCGGCGAAGGCUCUUCUCUCAUGGCUUCUCCAUCAGUUACCUCAAGGGCCUUGAGCCGCUGAAGCUGAGUUGUAUCGAGGCGCUUGAGGAGUUCAUCGACAAUCACGCAACUGCGUUUGGGGGCUCGUUUGAGUUGGUGAAGAAUGGAGAGCAUCCUAUCCGCAAGAAGUUCUCUGAGAGCUUUAAGAGGGGCACAAUUUAUCAACUCCUGCCCUUCUUGAAGUAUAUCCCCUUCCUACCCAAAUUUCGGGAUCCCGAACUUGCUCAACUCAUCAGUGAUAUCAUCGAAAAGAGGCAAGCGUCGACCGACAAGCUGGCCAAGCCUGACCUGCUACAGCUCCUCCUCGACACGCAUGAAAAGAACCCAGAGACAUUGUCGCGUAUCGAGGUGUUUUCCGAGAUGCUCGUCUUUUGGCUAGCGGGCAGCGAGACGACCGCUAGCACGCUCACAUUCGCAAUGAUGUUCUUGCUCAAUGACCCCCCUUCCUACCAAAAACUUGUCAACGAGAUUCGGGGGAGGUUUCCGUUAUCGAAUUCGCCGGUUUCAGACGACCAAACGACGGACUUGCCGUUCUUGCACGCUGUUUUGAAAGAGACAAUGAGGCUUGCUCCUCCGGCAACUGGUGGGCUUCAAAGACAGACUGAUGAAGAUGUGAUUCUGUCUGAUCACUUGAUCCCAGCUGGGACUAGAGUGACUGCAAACACCACCGUACUGCACUGGGACGAGAAGCAGUGGCCUGACGCAGAGAAGUUCGUUCCCGAGAGAUGGCUGUCUGACUACAAGGGCACGGCCGCCAACGAAAGAACGGCAUACUACCCCUUUUCUGCGGGAUCGCGGAACUGUAUUGGAAAACAAUUCGCGUGGACGGAGCUGCGGCUCACCCUUGUGUCUCUACUUCGGCGGUACGACCUGUCUCUAAUCCCCAAUCAGUCUCACGAACUUGUUCAUUUCACAGUCCUUCAUCUGAAAGCGGGAAAGUACAUGAUUGGCAUCAGACCUAGAUCUUAG